CAACAAUUUGCCUGUGACUGCCUGGGGGCGCCGAGGGUGUGUUUCUUUACUGUUGGAUCCCUUUGGAUCCGCUCUGCAAACUUGUGGCACGACAGAAACCUCCCACGCAAUUUCCCGCCAGCCGCUGAGCGGGCCGGGAGGUGGGAUGGUGUUGUUUUUGUGUUUUGUGUUCUCCCAGGCAACAGUUUUUGAGCAACACGCCCUUUUUUAGUGAGGUGGGUCUUUAACUUCGCCAGGGCUGAUCCUGACUGAGAGAGAGUGAACAGGGACACCGGCCGGGCAAGGAGUGGAGUCGACUUUGUCUCUCUUCGAGGUAAGAGAGGACAGAGCUGCGGCGUUGAGGGACCAGGGAGAGGAGGAGAGGUGGAGACAUCCCGGCCAAUGUAACGUUGCACGAGUGUCCCGGAGCAGUUGCGGCUGGAGGUGCGAUCACACCCGGGGUGCGUUUUGAGGAACAGAUUCCAAAAUGAAAUUUCAGCUUAAUCUAGUUAUUCUGUGGAUGCAGUUUGGAGUUGGGGUUGAAUCUGCAGUCGAGAACGCCAUUACAGCAAUCUACGGCCAGUUUGUUGUGCUGGGGUGCAGUUUCACCGUGAGUAACAAGUCGUCUUUGGAGAUGGUUUAUAUCACUUGGCAACGGAAAAAUGUUGAAAACGUUGUCCAUAGUUACUACUAUGGAGUAGAUCAGUUACAAUAUCAGGAUCCACGAUACGCAGGCAGAACAAGCUUAUUUCUAGAAGAGUUGAAGAAUGGGAAUGCUUCCCUGAAAAUCCAAAAAUUAACAUUUCAAGACUCUGGAUCAUAUGAAUGUCACAUCCAUUACAAAACUAAACCUGAUCGAAGUUCUGUAUCGGUCAACGUUGUAGCUCACUACGAGGAGCCAAUUUUGGGUAUCACACAGAAAUUGUCCAGCUGCAUUUUAAGUUUCAAAUCCCAUGGCUAUCCUAAGGCUAAUGCUUCUUGGUACAAAGGAGACAAUUUGAAUCAUUCCCUUUCAUCCAAAUAUUCGUCCUACAUAUCUGAAGAUGGAUUUUAUUGGGUUCAAAGCAAAAUGGAAAUCAAUGUCACAGAAAAACCUUCAUCCUAUACAUUUGUGCUAAGAAACCCUGCUCUCAAUCAAACUAUUUCUAGGACACUACAUCUUAAUUCGGAAAGCACCACUGGAACACCUCACUCUCCCAGCAACUAUCCUUUAAUCGCGAGUUGCAUUAUUAUGAUGCUAAUGAUAUUUGUGUUAUUUUGCUUAUAUAGCAGCACAAUUAAAGAAACUAAAAAUGCUAAUGGUGAACUGAUCUGAGAUCAUUUUAGAUUCCAAGAAGGCUUGUUUCUUCUAUCAAUUCUGUGAGAUGUGGAACUGCCUGCUGCUUGGGUUGUUUGCCUUGAGUUGUCUUGCUUGUCUGGGUGGUUGGGAUGUCUGUGAGUGACUGGAUAACAAGAAAGGACUUGCCCUCAGUGAUAUGAAUGUAACAGAAGUGUGGUAACCAUCUGUAUUCUUGCUGAGUGUGGGACAUGCAGCGGGACAUAAGAGAUACACUUGCAAUCAUGCUGAGAGUUUAACAUGGAUGGAUCCGAGUGCAAUCAUGUGGAUAGUUCCACAUGGAAUGGAUAGUUGUAUGCGUAAUGGGAUUGAGGGAUCUGCAAUCUGAUUGAAUGUGCCCGGUGUAAUUGAAUUGUAGGAUCAACCUAGAAUGACACAAAGAGUUGUUGGCACAUUGGGACUGAGUGGUUUAAUCUCUUCCCUGUACGGGGACCCGACUUUUUCCCUGUCGGGUCUCCGGUGUCAUUGGGCCUAACAUCGUGGAGCCGACGGCAGCCUCCAACCGGAACCAACCUGAGGACUCCAGUAACAGAGCCUGCGGACUCGACAUCGCGGAACUGGCCGACUUCGGAAUGAGAGCUGUGGUGGCGCACGGCUGCAACCCGACUUCGGAGCUUCGGAGGCUCCGGCCGCAGUGGACAGGAACAUCGGAAGCUCGCAGGUCCCUGGUGGGAGACUGCUUUUCUGAGCACGCGCAACGGCAACUUUUCCCGCCGGAUUCACGGGGUUUAAAUGACUCCUAGUGGGGACUAACAUCACCUGGCGCGGUUUGAACGGCCGCUGGACUUAAUAUCGCCCGCCGGGGGCUAUAACAUCAUGAGCCCCCAUCGCCUCGACGCUGCAGUUGGACUACUGGACCGCUGGAGAAGAACAAAGGGAAGAGAUAAGCCUUUUGCCUUCCAUCACAGUAAGGCGGUGUUGGAGAUUCACUGUGAUGGAUGUUUGUGUAAAUUGUGUUAAGUGUGUGUCUUGGUUUUUUUAAUAAUGUCAUGACUGUAGGAAUGAAAUUUCAUUCAAACCUUGUCUGUUUGAAUGACAAUAAAAGUUUAUUGAUUGUAAAGGAUUCUCCUGGCGAAUGAGGAAUAAAUGAAA